AUUCGCGUGACGUUGCAAAAUGGCGGAGUAAAUAUCCAAAAAUGCAGAAAUGAAAAUUGUGUGUACUGUUAUUCUUUUGGUUGCAACUGCAAUCUCUACACAGUCGAUCUCUGAUGACAGUCAGGGUAAACAGAAAAAUGAUGCAUCGCAGAAUUUUACAAAUUUCGUAGAUAUGUCCCAGGGAAAUGUUGAACUUCUUGAGAAACUUUUACGACUUUCGAAAAAAGAGGAACAGAAAAAAGAAAAUGAAUCAAGCGAUGUAAAGAAUGAGACUUUGUCAAAAACAAAUCUGGAAAACAAUACGAAUGCCAGUGUACAUUCCAAGCAAUUGGAUACGGACAAUAAAAAUCAUGACAAUUCAAACAGAAACUCAACACACCAUAACAGAAGACUUUCAAAGAAUACAAAGAAAAAUAACGACACAAUUACGAUAUUGAAAAGCGCACAUAUGAAGCAACAUGGGCACAAAAGCUCAUCAACCAAAACGAAGAAACAUAAAGCCAUGCAAACAAAACGUAAAGGCAAAGGCACAUCGUCAAAGCAGAAGAAAAAUAAAGGCAAACGCACACCGGCAAAGCAGAAGAAACAUAAAGACAAAGGCACAUCAGCAAAGCAGAAGAAACGUAAAGGCAAAGGCACACCGGCAAAGCAAAAGAUACAUAAAGGCAAAGGCACAUCAUCAAAGCAGAAGAAACAAAAAGGCAAAGGCACACCGGCAAAGCAAAAGAAACGUAAAGGCAAAGGCACACCGGCAAAGCAAAAGAAACGUAAAGGCAAAGGCACACCGGCAAAGCAGAAGAAACGAAAAGGCAAAGGCACACCGGCAAAGCAAAAGAGACGUAAAGGCAAAGGCAAACCGGCAAAGCAAAAGAGACGUAAAGGCAAAGGCAAACCGGCAAAGCAGAAGAAAAGUAACGGCAAAGGCAAACCAGCUAAGCAGAAGGAACAACAAGGCGAGGGUAAUCAAUUGAUAAGCCCAUUGGUUCAGAAACAUGAAGGUAAUGGCCCGUCAAGAGAGAAGAAAAAGCAUGAAGGAGCUAGUGUAAGAUUUAAAGUUUCAUCUGUGAAGAAACAUGUGGGCAAAGUCCCGGCAAUAACAAAGAAGAAACCUAAAACUAAAGGUAUCAUUAAGACAUUUAAAAGCUCAAAUGUUAAGAAACAUAGAGGCCAAAGCAUUGCAACAAACAAAAAGAAACCAAACGCCACCAGUAAGGCAUUUAAAGGCUUAAAUGUCCGGAAGCGUCAAGGCAAAGGCGUUGCAACAAAGAAAAAGCUAAAAGGCACUGGUAAGACAUUCAAAAUUUCAACUGCAAGGAAACAUCGAGGCAAAAGCACGGCAGCAAAUACGAGGAAGCUGAAAGGUAAUGGUAAGAAAUCUAUAAGCUCAUCUGUAAGGAAACAUCGAGGCAAUAGCAAGACAACGAAAAAGAAGAAACGGAAACGCACUAGUAAGAAAUUUAAAGGCUCAGGUGUGAAGAAACAUGGAGGAAAAAGCAAGACAACGAAAAAGAAGAAACGUAAACGCACUAAUAAGAAAUUUAAAGGCUCACGUGUGAGGAAACAUGGAGGAAAAAGCAAGACAACGAACAAGAAGAAACGUAAACGCACUAAUAAGAAAUUUAAAGGCUCACAUGUGAGGAAACAUGGAGGAAAAAGCAAGACAACGAAAAAGAAGAAACGUAAACGCACUAAUAAGAAAUUUAAAGGUUCACAUGUGAGGAAAUAUGGAGGAAAAAGCAAGACAACGAAAAAGAAGAAACGUAAAAGCACUAGUAAGGAAUUUGAAGGCUCAAAUGUGAGGAAACAUCGAAGCAAAAGUAAAAAGAAACUAAAAGGCGCAGAUAAGAAAUUCAGAAGCUCGUCUGCGAGAACUUAUAGAGGGAAAGCCAUGGCAGCAAAUAAGAAGAUACGUAAAGGCGCGAGCAUAAGGUUUAAAAUCUCAAAGAAAAAUCGCGGCAAAGGCGUAACAUCCAAAAAGAAACAUUACGGUUCUAGAUCGUUUGUUAAGAAACAUGCAGGCAGAAGAAUGCCAAAAUAUGUGCCUAGACGAAAUAAGGCUAUCAGGUUUAAAAUGUAUUCUCUUAAGCACCGUGGAGGCAAAAAGAAAAAUAAAUGCCGUCGUAAAAAUUGUAGAAAAUCUUCUGCUAAGAAACGAAGAAACAAAAAGAAAAAAAAUAGUAAAAUUAUAAAGAACAGUUCAUACGUAUUUGGACGAGUAAGGAAACCCAAACAUCAAAUGGUUAACAGUAGAACGAAGGCAAAAUGUUCAACACCGUAUUGUAAAAAGGUAUUAGCAAAAAACAAUAACGAUCUAAGGCAGAUAAGAGAAACAAUUCAAAACAUAUUAUUUAGUUGGAGACCAAAGUUUCCAAAGGCAGGUGAGGUCGGAAAGAGCAAGAAGGUUGUGAGAAAUAAUAUCCAGUCAGCAAAACAAACAACGUUUAAGAAUUGGAAUGCGACUGGUCAUGCAAACAUAGCGAUUGUACCUACAGUAAAAACACUAACUACAAUACGGAAACGCAAACAUUUCAUUUUCAGAAAACAACAGCAAAAUGAACCGAAAACAGCAAGAAGUCAUAAAGCUUCGGAAACGGAAACUACUUCUCCUCUUUCAGACAAAACUCUGUGGGUCGGAGCACUAGUUGGCAUUGCACUUUCCCUUAUUAUUUUUAUCCUUUGCUGUUGCCUGUACAAAGCCCUUCUGCACUACAGGUCCCGCUCAGGAAAACCGAUUAAAGGUUUCCGGGAUCUGUUGAAGACUAAAGAUCUUGAGAAGUCUAAGAUGCAUAUAGAACUGUCAGGGAAGACAGUGGACAGGAAUGGCAACAGCAAGUACAUCGUUAGCAUAACGGGUCAGAAAGAUUCGGAGCUAGAUUCAAGUUCAGAAGAGGAAGAGGUCUUUAAUAGGUCCGUUGUUGAUACCAACAACAACAGUUUCAGAAAUUCUCCAUCAUUUAAGAGGACGUCUACGCCUAUAUCAACGCCGACUAAAACGAAAAAGGCCAGAAAACCCUUAUUGCAGUGAAGUUAAAAAGCGGAUGCUGUCCCAUUCGUGGCAGAAUUGCUUAAAUUGUGAUUUAUUCGAGACUGUGAUAAUUUGAACGCUGUGAUGUUGAAAUGUUUUUUACGUGUUGAUAAAACAGAUAGUUCUUAUCUAUAACAUACUAUGUACACAGUUAAUAAAUUUUAUACACUAACAGUGAUUUUAAUAUUUUUGAAAGUAGAUUUCUAGAAAUUGCUAAAGCCAAAAUAUGAAAAAGAUUUAAGAAAACACAAACUGAAGAAUAAAAAGAAUUGAACAUA